CAACAUGGACGACACGGUGUCGUACUCUGCAAACAGCUCUCAGUGGCUUUAGCAUAAUGGCAGCACAUAGCCCUUCAGGUACACGUAAGGGCCACUUUUAUCGACAUGGAGGCCAUAUUUACCGACAACUGGUCUAUUUCGUUUGGAUUUGUUUUGCAGACACCGCCAGCUGCACUGUAUAACGUCAGCUCUCUACAUGUCUCUCGUCAUUUUGGCAAACUUCUCACUUACAAUAAAUAUAAAACAUCACAGGGGCAUGCCCAGGAAUCUUAUAUUUUAGAAAAUAGCCAUAGAUACCUAUAUCUUAAGAUAAACUUAUUUCUGGCUAUUUUUUCAACAUAAGACAAGACAUACCCUAGACAAGUGCUGUUAUAUUAUAAGAUAAACCUCCACACCCUUUCAAUUCCAACCAUACACAUCCUCUCGAACAUUUUUAGAAGACGCACCCCGCAUUGAUGUUCAUUUACAUCUCCAGUUUUUUUUACAAAUGACAAGCCUAGCUGAUAGAUAUAUGAAAAAUACAGCUGACGUACGCUGUCCUGUAGGUAAGAUGUACAUGUAUGACACUGUCUGCACCCCUCAUAACAUGAUUGUAAGAGGCGACUCAAUUUGGAUUACUACCUUUCCUCUUCUUUCUAAACAACUUUUUUUCUAUUCUAACUAAUGUAUUGUUUGACACUCCUUCACGUUUGUUAUUUAGUUGAGUUUUCACCCCUGUGAGAAAGGCUAUUAAAGAGUUCUGUCCCCAGGACGAGAUAAUACGACACUACUUCAGCUACAGUGCUAAAGGUCUCUGGCUGGUUUUUUGGUUCAGACGCACGCUGUGUUACCCUCUUAACAUUUUUGCAGUAAAAACUACACAUACCAGAGUCUCUAAAAUGGUAGUUUCUUCUCCUACUUAACACUUAGCAUUUCAGGAGUCAGAUGAAUAGUUCAACUAUUGGUUGAAUAAUGUGACCUGGUGAUCAUGAGGUCCUGCUGGGUGUCUUCAGCAGUAUACUUCACCAAAAACAAAACAGGAAUAUAUCACAUCCUCCCAAAUCUUGCAUUCACACAUGCAUGCAGUUUCCUUAAAUUAUCAUGUGACCAUAGUGUAAUAUUAGAUGGAAAAUGCAGCAACCAGACUUUGAUACUCAAACCUGGACCUCCAAACUCUAGACAGACGCUUUAACCAUUUGAGCUACCUGGCUACCGGCGUUCAGUCCAGUCCAAUUCUGCUUCAUUCCUCCCUCCUUCAACAAAGUCUUCAACACAAAGACACACAUGAAACCCUAUCGAUAUACCACCUCCGUGGGUAGUUAAUUGGGUGCCAAAUGUAACAGGAGAGGAAAAAUGCAGCGAACUGACCGGGACUCGAACCCAGGACCUCCAAACUCAAGACAGAUGGUCUAACCAUUUGAUCUACCUGACCACCGCAUUUUGCCUAUAGACCUUUCUGUUAUAAUAAUUGUUGAUCAUGAUAGGACAUUAAACCAUAUCAAACCAAUCAAUCAAACUUUGACUCAAACAGGUUGGGAAUUCUCUUGGAAAGCCGAAAAAUUUGAAGUUUUAUAUACAAUGCACUCAGUCAUAAAAUACAAGGUUAUCUUGCAGAAUUGAUCCAUGCGAUAACCUUGACUUUCUGAGGGAGUUUCCAACCUGACAAAUAGUGGUAAAUAAUUACACAAAUGUAUGAAUAUUGAAUAUGUACAUGAUGUACAUGUAUAUAUACAUUUAGAAACAUGUCUUUCUGUCAGUAAGAAUAUACAAGUAUCAUGAUCAAUAUUGGAUAUUUUACACUGUACUAAUGUAUCGGGUAUAUCAGACUCUUGUGUGUUUGAAAGCAAUAAUUUUAAGAUAUGAUAAUUGUCUGCAUCUAAUGGACAGUGGAAGUAAAAGCACUUAUGGAUGCAAAAAUGUGCUUACUUGUAUUCUGUAACAUUAUCGAUGAAAAUCAAUAGUAAAAUGAAGAAGAUUAUGAUUUAUAAAUUAAAGUUGUAAAAACAAAAAAACAAAAAUCUGCACAAAUGUAGCCUUUUUCUCUCAAAAACAGAACAGUUACAUGUACUGCUACUAACCUGUGAUUAUAAACGUGUACAUUUCUAUUUUCAGAGUCUAACCCUUGUACUGAAACACCUGAUUCAUAUGACAUUAAACCACACCAGACCUGAACCAGGUAUACUGCAUGUGAAAACUUUCCCUGAAGUCUAUAUGUGACUCAAUCAUGGUGUUAAACUAUCCUGAGCGCUUCCUUGAAAGUCUCUACCAUUUGUGGGAGGAUGACAUGUUCUGUGAUAUUUGUAUCCAAGUGGGAAGCCAAACCUUCAAGGCCCACCGUAUUGUGCUGUCAGCAGGCUGUGACUACUUCAAGGCCAUGUUCGAAUGUGGACUGAUGGAGCAAAAAGCAGACUGUGUAGAAAUUCAUGACAUGGAUCCGCUUGUGUUUAGAAAUCUACUGAAUUUUAUAUACACAGGAAAGGUUGACAUCAAGGAAGAAAACUGUCAGGAUGUCCUUGCAGCAGCAAACAUGUUUGGGCUACAAGAGAUAAUUGCCCUUUGUUGUGUGUUUCUGAAACAUAAGCUUCACCGUGAAAACUGUCUAGGUAUUUAUCAGUUUGCUGAGGCACAUGCUUGUAAGGAACUGAAAUCAGAUGCUGAGAAGUUUAUAAACAACCACUUUCUGCACCUGUCAAAGGAGGAGGAGUUUUCUUGUCUACCUGUGGAUUUACUUAUCAAGCUUCUGAAGAGCGAGUAUCUGUGUAUAGAAGAUGAACACCAGGUCCUACAGGCGGGGCUUAACUGGGUUCUUCAUGACCCCAGCAGCCGGAGAAAACAUAUAUUUGAUAUUUUACAUCAGGUGCGAAUCCCAAUUAUUCCAGAAAGGCAGCUAUUAGACAUCUUGGAUAGUUGCAGUGACCUUAGCACAAAAGUUGUCAUCCAGAAGUUUGUACAGGAUUUUCAUUUGGAGAGACAAAUUUCUUUAAAAUUGCAUCAAAAUAGAAUCAAGCCUCAUAUGCUUAACCCAAGGAAAUGUGCCAGGAAAAAUAUUUAUGUUAUUGGAGGUAACAAACAAUCUGAUGAAUGGAGAUGGAGUGAUGGUGUUACCGUGCCAACUGUAGAAAAAUUUGACACGCUUACCAUGGAUUGGACAAGCAUGAGUGACAUGCAGUUUUCCAGGAGUAGUCAUGGUGCUGUGGUGUUAAAUGGACAAAUAUAUGUAGUAGGUGGAGAAAAUGAUUCAUUGAUCUGUGAUAAUGUGGAAUGUUAUGACCCAGCCAGUAACAAGUGGAGUUCCCUCCCUUGUCUAAACUACCCACGUUGUGGUCUUGGACUAUGUGUGGCUAAUGAUUGUAUCUAUGCAUUUGGAGGCUGGGUUGGAGAGGAACUAGGUGACAGUGUGGAGAAGUAUGAUCCAGAGACUAACCAAUGGACAAUAGACUGUAUAAUGCCGACACCCAGGCAUGCUAUGGGUGUGCUGGGAUGUGGAGGGCUGAUAUACCUGAUUGGUGGGUUGGAUGCUGAUGAGACUGACCUGACUUCUGUUGACAGUUUUAAUCCUGUAACUAAAGAGUGGCAGCAGUUGCCACACCUUAAGGUCGAGAGGUCACACCUGGGUGUGGCCUCCCUAGAUGGAGUCCUGUACGCCAUUGGGGGACUAAACCAUUCACAGGGUGACCUCAUGUCUGCAGAAAAAUAUGUUCUUGAUUCUGAUGGCUGGGAGGAGAUCGCUCCCCUGUCUGACAAGCGGUCAGCUCCCUGUAUGGCCGCGGUAAAUGGUCAUCUGUAUGUGAUUGGUGGACAAAAGUGGACAGACCGGUUCUCUAAUUACAGGCAUUAUUGCAGUAACCCUGUCACACUUGACAGUAUGGAAUGUUACAACCCGAAGAACAACGUCUGGUCAAAGUUGCCUUAUAUGCCCAUGGACCGCUGUAGAGCAGCGGCUGUAGUACUUUAACACUACUGCUACUAACCUGGACUGUUAUUACCGUGAAUUGACCUACUCUAGUCAUACUGUUACUUCCUCAGACUGUGGUAUUGUAAGUGUGCUGCAUAGUUCUCAAUGCCAGUGAUUUUGUUUCUGUAUUACCACAGUGCCAGAAUGGUAAUAGUAAAGGUAUUAACAAGUUCAUCAACACUGCCAAAAUGGUCAAGCAUAAUGGAUUGAUUUUCAUAAAACAAAUGGUGAUGAGUGCAAUACUUAAUCUGUUCUAAGUAAGUGCUAUUUAAAUGUAUUUCAAAUUUGCAACUGGUUAUUACAAUUAUUUGAAACAAUGCCUUUGUGAGAUUUGCAGAUAAGCUUGUGUGGCUUUUGGUCAGUAGUGAAUAUUUUGCUCUAAGUUGUAAUGUUUGUUACUAGAAAUGCUUUUGUGAGUUUAGAGAAAUAAAUACACUUUUGUGUGAGGGAUGGUGCUGGCAAGCUGUAAUACUAUUGUGAUAGUUAAACUACCAUACUGUUUAAGUGGUGAUUUUCUAUAGUGGUGCAGUGGAGUUAUUUGUAAGUAGUGAAUAUAGUUAUGUUGUUUUAAAUUUAAUCAAUGGCUACAGAUAUAUUUAUGAUAGAACAUUGUUUAAAAGGUAUUGUUUUUUAGGUCACCUAAGACAAAGUCUCAAGUGAUGUAAUCAACUUCUGUCCGUCAUCGUGCAUCCAUAAACAAUUUACAUUUUUCACUUCAUCUCGAAAUUUGCAGAAACUAAUUAUAUGGUCCCCAACCUCCAGGCGACUGGGGCAGGACGGGCAGGACGGGCAGGGCAAAAGGGAUCAAAUUUACUGAAAUAUCGAAAAAAAUUUCCUAGGACGCAAAUAAAGUAGAAUCAAAUACUCUUCAUAGAUGGAAGGGUCUUAAGGUGUUACCGGGGUAUACCAAAACUGCGAAUUUCACAGCCAAGGGGGUCUCAUGUGACCCACAGGGACUGAUGGGUUGGCCCAAAAAGGUUAAAAUUUACUGAAAUAUUUAAAAACUUAGGUGAUCGUUAGAAAGCCUAUGGGCCUCUUUUUUUGGAUACUUUUGUUUUAUAUACAAGGUUUAUAAUGAAAUGUUAUCACUUAUCAGAUGGGUGGACAAUAGGUAGGUAGUAUAUGGGCAGUAAAAUAUCUAUAUACUUCCUACCUAUUGGUAUCAAUAACAAAUCUGAUACUCUGACAUAUCAUUCUAUAGAUUAGGAGGC